AUGCCGCUGUUCGUUCUGCAGGUAGCUCGGCAACUACAUGCCCUUUGGGUUCCUGUGCUGUUUGGUAGCAUCAGUGCAGGGAUCAGAACUACGAAUCUAUCCUAUCUUGGCUUGAAUUUCUUUGCUCAGCAACACACCGACUUGAGGCCGGAAGACAUACGAUGUGAGGACACGCCUGAAGCACCAUACUGCCAGGCUGCCAUCAACGACAACCUCUUCUGGGCCACCACCAUAGGUGCGAUUGGCUCCCUCCUUCACUUCGUUCUCGGGCCCUUCCUUGGGGCACUCAGCGACUCCAUCGGACGACGUCCGGUGAUCCUGCUUUGCAGUCUCCUCGGGUACCCAUCUUUGGUGUCGCUGGCGCUUUUCGUUUACAGAAACGUCAGCAUGUACUUUACUUUUGCGCUUAUGCCGCUGGGAGAACUGCCUGUCCUUGCAAUAUGGUUCGCCUUCAUCGUCGACCUCAUUGAGGACAAUCGCGACAGCAGUGUGGCCUUCGGUCUUGUGAGUGCUGUGGCGCUCCUGUCCACGAUGCUGGGUGCGGGCAUUGGGGCAUUCCUCUCAAUGAAAUCAGGCGUGGCUGCUAUGAUCUUCUUCGACAUGGGCAUUCUUUUGCCAUACCUUGUUUGCUGUCUCCCAGAGACACUGGUACCUGCCAAGCGGCAAGCCAUGCAGUGGCGUGCAGCCGCACCGGGGCUUGGCUUGAGAUACCAGACUAUGAAGGUAGCGCUUCUGAGCGUCGUGUCCCAAGGCAUUCUGGUUCGCAACCAGCUUUUUAUGCAGCUAUCCACACUAGUCAUUGGUAGCACUUUCAUUGGCACUGGAUUCCAGCGUGUGAGCUCCAGUUUCUUGCAGAAAUACAUUCGAUGGCCAAAGCAUUGCAACAAUGUGGCAAUCAUUAUCGGUGGAGCAUCAUCCAUCGUUUGGACGGGAUUUGGUCUUUCCAUCACUUCCAAGAUCAUGGGCGAUGUGGGAUCACUAGGCCUGGCCCUUUGGGCUGGGGCCUUCUACAUGUUGUGCUUCGCCUUCAUCACCACGCAGUGGCACGUCUAUAUCCUCAAUGCCGUGCUUCUGGGGCCACAAGCUCUGGCUUUCCCAGCCACUUCCGCGAUCAAGAGUCGGCUGGUGGCUGAAAGUGAGCAAGGUCUCCUUCAAGGUGCCUUAAACACUGGCAAGAGUAUUGCUGAGUCUGUGGGCCCUAUCCUCUUUGGCUUCUUGUUCGAGGUCUUUAGUGCGCCCUUUGAUGGACACGACUCUCACACCACAAAGGUCUCCGCCAGGAUCCCCAUCUUGCUGGCAUUUCUCCUGUCGCUGCCUUUGCUUUGUUUGGCAGCGAUGCUGCCCCAGAAGCUGGCCAGCUUUGAGCUGCAACUACGGGAACAACUCCGGGAACAAAGUGUCCAGAUAGAGAUGGAGAUCUUCGAGGCGGAAGAUGUGAGCUUGCUAGAUCCAACACAGAGGGACAAGCUGCUCUAG